UCUCAAAUUGAUGUUGUACGUUGCCUUUUUGAGUUACAAUUGGUUUUGUUUUCGGGUGAAAACAACAAAUUCAAAGAAGUAUUGCGUCCUUCCCAAAGCAGGGGUCGUCUUGCCUCGACCCACAUGUGAAGUUAUGGCUACAAUGCAAGCGCAAAAGGAAGCUCCACCUGAUAUGCAAUGCAGGGACAAAUUCUUCCUUCAGAUGUCGCAAUCGCGAAUCAAUCUCCGGAAUCUGCAAUCCGCCAUCCUUACGCGGCGGUGCAAAGGAAAAGAGAGGAGAGGAGUAUGUUGGAAGACCCUACAUCCACCGCACCCGAUGCCGCCCCCAUUAUCAAACGCUACACUCCUCCUAAUCAACGAAACCGUUCUCUCGGUCGCCGUAAGUCUGGAGAUUGGUUUCAUUGGACUAAUAAUGUAUAUGGGAAUGAUUCAGAGAAGAACCUAGGUGUCGCAUCGAGAAACAAUCUGGUCGGAGAUGCUGGGAGCAGCGGUAUCCUGAAUGAAGACCACCAUCGUCCUACUUUAAUACCUUUAGAAGGUUGUUCUAGAAGUGACGCUUCUCGGCUUUAAAGCAAUCGUACGAUGUCUCUACACACUUUGAAUGAUUUGUGUGUACUUUUAUUAAGAAAACUGCCCUUGUUUCUGAAUUCCACCAACAUUGGUUAUCCCAUUAGUCUGUGAAGUUAGAGUUAUUGAUUUUUUUAUCUUUACAUUUAGGUGAAUUAUUCAACUUAUGGUUGGAAAGGGUUUCUUUUUCUUUGGUUCCUGGUUAGGGUUGUGGCUUUAUUAUCAGUUCAGGUACUGGAGUAAUUUGCUGAAGCCUAAUUAGUUUCGUGGACGACUUUUCCUGGUUGGUUAAGUGGUGAAGUUUCAAGGGUAGUUGGGGUGGUUCUUAGGUUCAAGUCCAUUUUCCUCUCUUU